UGAACAAUAUAUGAAUUUUAGUGACGUAUCCGCUGGAUUUAACAAAGACUAGGUUACAGAUUCAAGGGGAGAUAAAUGUGUCUGGAACUACUGUUUCUCACUCAAAUAGAGGCAUGUUGAAAAUAUUACAUGGAAUUGUUACAGAGGAGGGAUUUUUCAAACUAUGGCAGGGUGUUCCACCAGCUCUAUACAGACAUAUAGUGUACACUGGCUGUAGAAUGAAUAUCUAUGAGGUACUCAGAGACAGAGUGUUCAAAAAGAAUAAAGAUGGAACUUUCUCAUUGUGGAAAGGUGUAAUAGUGGGAUCAACAGCUGGGGCACUGGGACAAUUUAUUGCUAGCCCUACUGACCUUAUCAAAGUAAAUAUGCAGAUGGAAGGUCGUCGGAGACUGGAGGGUCAUCCACCAAGAGUUCACAAUGUUGCCCAUGCUUUUCGUUUCAAUUUUUCACAGAUUUAUGCCUGCGCUGGCGUGGUGGCAGCUAUUAUGUGUACGCCGGCUGAUGUUGUCAAAACUCGAGUCAUGAAUCAACCAAUCAAAGAUGGAAGGUUUGUUAACCACAGAAAAAACUUGUGGUGGAUGUUUCUAGCCCCCUGGUCACUAACUUUCUGGAUUACAUAUGAAGAGCUGAGAAAAUUCACUGGUCAAUCAUCAUUCUAGAUCAUCGUCUUAGUUGUGAUAUUAACCCUUACUGUGCUAAAUUUUUAUAAUGAACUUGUCCAUCUUCCAAUUUGGACAGCACCAUUAACUGUUAAAAGGGGUGCUUACCAAAUUGAUACUGACUGGAUAGCGAACAGUGCAGAUCAUGUUCAGACUGCAUGGAUAUGCAGGCUGAUCAUGAUCUACACUGGUCACAAAGGCAGAACCAAUCGUGUCCAGCAUGAUAAGGAUUAACAAACUAUGUGUGUGUACUUUGACGUUUUCCCCAUUUUGUGUUUCUAAAUCACAAAGUCUCAGUAAACCAGAGUACGAGAUAUAUUCUAUGCUGAACAUUAUUUUGGAAUAUAUUUUCAUGACGGUUUUGUGAUAAUGAUAUUUAUUCUUGUAAUUCUGCAAAAUAUACGCUACAUAUAUUUUGCUUUUUAAUUGGACAGAAGAAACUAGUAUUUUGCUUUAGUGGAGAUGAAUGGAGACAGAAAUAAUGAGCAGUGUUCAAUCACUGUGGGUUUUAUAUAAACUGUAACGCGUCAUCUUAAUGUUUUACAUCUUGUUAAUAAAUGUAUGAAUUAAAGACAAUGUUCUGAUGUCAGAUAGGUAGUGGAGUAAGGUCAAGUGGUUAAGGUGCGGACUAACCUAAGGGUCAUUUGUUCGAGCACCUCUGGGGUCAAAAACGCAUCUCCUGACACAAGUACUGGUUUUUCCAGGAAACAGACUUUAGUGUAUUCAAAUAAACUUGAAGCUUUCAUCACAAGUGGGCUUAAAUAAAUUAGUAUAGACUAAACUAAGUAUGUAGUGUAUUGCUCAUAGUGCAGUUACUAAGGUGAUUAUGCAUGUAGGAGGUUAUGCCUUAAUAUAGUAUUACCCAUUAAAGGUGGAUAAUCAGAUCUUGGCCAUGUAACGGAUUUGAUCAAAACUUUAGCAUCUGAUCAUUUACACUCAUUUAUGUUCACUUAACACUUGAUACAAAUUAGAUUUUCUCUGGAGGUAUUUUUAAAAUUUCAUUUUCCUAUCCUGGUUGCCCAGCCAAGAUCAUAAGUAUAAAUUUGAUAAACAUACUUUGCCUAAAUAAAUGUAUAAAUAUUAGACAUAUUGUAAUAUAUUUGUAAAAUAUUUGCAUUAAAAAUUAUGUAUUUAGAUGGAAUUCAUUAGAAACGCAAGUUUGAAAAAUUAUUAUUACCUCCCUUUGCCUGUCUUGGUUGCGCAACCAAGAUAGAUUGGAAAUAAAUUAAUUCAGAAGCUACACACAGCUUUUAAACUUGCAUUUUGGUUCAGAUUGUUCAAUAGUUGAUAUGUCUAUCAAAUGCAAAUGUAAAACUAGACAUUGUAUCGAAAUAAAAAGAAAUAUCCAGCUUUUUAUAUACUUUCAUAUUAAAGGGGAGUAAUUACAAAAUUUUAUAAAAAUAAUAAAAUAUACAUUUCAGAUAGGAAUCUAACUCUAUGUAAUCGGUCUUUUUGUUCCUUAAAUAAUUCUCUACCAGAAUAUACAAAAAGUAAAAAAUGUCAUUAAAUGUUGUUUAAAUGUGAUUGACCACCUUUAAAACCGUGGAUAAAACUUCUCAUUCGAAUGAAUUGUCUACAAUAUUGCCUUCCAGUUUGUUUAUUGGUAUAAAAUAUAAAAACUGUCUAUUAUUUUGAUAAAAAAUAUUGUUAAUGAUAGCUUCACAUGUCAUAAAAGUUCUGUCCAAUUUACGUAAUUGAGGUUUUUUUUUGUUUACAAAAUGCACUUACGUUUAUAUUUCUAAAACUUACAGCUGUAGCAAUAAAUCUAAUGCACAACAUAUGUUUUUUUCUAUAUGAAUUUUCUAACCUGACAUUUUGAAAAAUUUAAAACCAUCCUAUUCUAUGUUGAAGGAAAAAAUGGCCUGAACAUGCAGAACAAGGUUAAAAAAUAUACUCAUUCAGCAUUUAGAAAGGGUCCAAAAAGGAAAAAUAAAAUGUUCUGAAAUAGAUGUAGAUUUUUGUGUCAUGUGUAUUAUGUAUGUUGAUAAGAUAUUGUAUAAACAUUAACUGAGCCGUGCCAUGGGAAAACCAACAUAGUGGGUUUGCGACCAGCAUGGAUCCAGACCAGCCUGCGCAUGCGCGCAGUCUGGUCAGGAUCCAUGCUGUUCGCUAAUAGUUUCUCCAACUCCAAUAGGCUUUAAAAGCGAACAGCAUGGAGCCUGACCAGACUGCGCGGAUGCGCAGGCUGGUCUGGAUCCAUGCUGGUCGCAUACCCACUAUGUCGGUUUUCUCAUGGCACGGCUCAACUUUCCAUUUGAUUGUAUGUGCUGAAUUCAGAGGCUCAUCUAUGUUCUUUCAGUGUUAUGUUUUGUAGCUCAUGUAAAUGUUGACAUAUUUCCUUCAAGUAGACUGAUUGUCAUUGUCAUCUCCACAUAUACUUAAUUAUGUCUCCCCUUACUGGGGGAGACAUAUUGUUUUUGCCCUGUCCGUCCGUUAGUCCGUCCAUCCGUCCGUCACACUUCGUUUCCGAUCAAUAACUGGAGAACCAUUCGACUUAGAGUCUUCAAACUUCAUAUGCUGGUAGGGCUUAUUGAGUAGAUGAUCCCCAUUGAUUUUGGGGUCAAUAGGUCAAAGGUCAAGGUCACAGGAGCUCGAAGAUGAAAAAAUGUUUUCGAUCAAUAACUCGAGAACCACUUUACCUAGAUUCUUCAAACUUCAUUUCCUGGUAGGGCUUAUUGAGUAGAUGAUCCCUGUUGAUUUUGGGGUCACUGGGUCAAAGGUCAAGGUCACAAGGGGAGACAUGCGCUUUUCUUCAAAAGCAUCUUCUAGUUACCAUUUAUUGUUUAGUGUUGUGAAAGUAUCUCACUGUAUGAAUUAUAUGCAAUUCAUAGUGCUUUCAACUAUUCCUCAUACCUAAAGACCAUCCAUAGAAGAUUUCUUGACUGUAUCUUGAAACCUUAAUUGAGCCGCACCAUGAAAAAAUCAACAUAGUGGGUUUGCGACCAGCAUGGAUCCAGACCAGCCUGCGCAUCCGUGCAGUCUGGUCAGGAUCCAUGCUGUUCGCUAACAGUUUCUCUAAUUACAAUAGGCUUUGAAAGCGAACAGCAUGGGUCCUGACCAGACUGCGCGGAUGCCCAUGCUGGUCUGGAUCCAUGCUGGUCGCAAACCCACUGUUGGUUUUCCCAUGGCACGGCUCAAUUUAGUUUGAGCAGUUGUUGUUAAGAAAAGUUUGCACUUUUUGGUACCCGUGUAAUCCUGAGCUAAAUUUACUCCGAUUUCAAUUGAACCAUUGUUUCAUAUAAGCAAUGGUAUACUUGGUGGCAGCUGUCGGUGUUGAUUAAUUAAGAUCAGUUAAUGAAGUUCAUGUUUUAGUGAUUUGUUUUAGAGGUUCAUUGUAAAAGUAACCUUUAGUAAUUCUUUAUGAUGAACUAACUGUUCUAUUAUACAUUUACCUGUAUUGAUAUCUUGUGUCUAAAUGGUGUUGUAUGACAUUCCUUCAGACUGAUUGUGAAGUACAUACAGCUAUACUUCCUUGAUAAGUACCUGAAGCGAUACUUCCUUGAUAAGUACAUACUUCCCUGUUAAGUACAUUUAGUGAUACUUCCUCGGUAAUGAAAUAUAUUGAUAUUUUCUUGCUAAGUACAUAUAGCGGUUCUUCCUUGUUAUGUACUGAUAUUUCUGCAGUAAUUAGAUAUUACAAUACUUCCUCGCUAAGUACACAUAGCGAUAUUUCAUCGUUUGGUACUUAUUGGUACAUUUCAUUGUUUAGAACAUGAAGAGAUGCUUCAUUGUUGAGUACAUACAGUGAUACUUCAUCAUUCUGUAAUGAUAAUUCAUACCACAACUACUGUAAUGGUAGUUUAGGAUAGUGAAAGUUGAGAUUUAUGUCAUUGUUAUAUUAAAACUGUUGCUUGUAUUCCUAUAUCUUCUGUGUAAAGAGAGUGAUUUGUCAGUUGAGUUUUGUCAACAUUGUUAAUCCUUUCUAUAUUUUCUUCAAAGUGAAAUAUGUAUUUUUUUGACGUUUUUACUCUCUCAGACAAAUUUUUAUUGAAUUUUGUUAUAAGGAGAAAUGUGUAUAGCAAGGCACUUGGUUAAUUAUAUAGCUGUAUAUGUUUUACUGCAGAGUUACCUUUGUUAAAUGGAGGCAGGUCCAAAGCAAAAAUAUAUGUAUUUUCCCAAUUCUCAACUUAAAAGUUAAUUUCUAGUGCUUUGAUCUGUUUUACAACAGUUUUGCUACUUUGAAAGCUUUUAUGUUUGUUUAGGUAAGAAUACAGUUACUGUUGAACAAAUAUAAAAAAGCUACCCCACAUUUCCAAAUAUUGUGUCAAAAAAUGAUUUAUAUAUAUGAGCCGUGCCAUGGGAAAACCAACAUAGUGGCUUUGCGACCAGCAUGGAUCCAGACCAGCCUGCGCAUCCGUGCAGUCUGGUCAGGCUCCAUGCUGUUCGCUUUUAAAGCGUAUUGGAAUUGGAGAAACUGUUAGCGAACAGCAUGGAUCCUGACCAGACUGCGCGGAUGCGCAGGCUGGUCUGGAUCCAUGCUGGUCGCAAAACCACUAUGUUGGUUUUCCCAUGGCAUGGCUCAUAUGUUGUUGACAUUUCCAAAAUAAUAAAAAAGUCUGGUAACUUGGUGACAUAGUCACAGGUACAUACAGCAAUAUAUUUUGCGCAAUCUUUUAUCUCUUGUGUUGAGAUAUAAUUAUAUUUCUCUAUAAUGUGUUCAACUGUUUGUUCUAACAUGGCUUGGUUCGUUUGUUAAAGAAGAAAAUCAAGCAUUGUAUAUUCUGUGAUAGACAAUGGAGUUGAUGUGCAAAAUAUUUCCACAAGCCAUCAGGUUCAUUAUGAUGAAUGAACGUAGAUAAGCAUAUAUUUUUAUCAGAGCGUUAGAAUGAAAUAGUAAGGUUUUCUUGUAGUUUAUUGUCUGAUAUGCCACAGUUUAUUGUUUAAAUGCUUAGAAAUAUAACUAAUUACCUGAGCUCUGCAGCGUUGUAUAUGAGAUGAUAAAUCAUGCAAACGUCUUGAUUAUUUUAUGAAUGUAUAUACAAUAGUUUUAAAGCAUGUGUUCUAACUCUAACCAGAAUUACCAAUGAUGUUAUUUAUUUUAGAAUGUUGGGCAUAGAUACAUGAUGAAGUCAUGAUUAGGUUGCUUUGUGUUCCUUAUUACUAGUCGUGAUGAAGUGCUGCUAGUGAAUCAAGUUUUAUGAUGUGCUACCUGUAGGAAAUUGUUUAACAGAAGUAUACAUGAUUGUUUUCAAAGCUAAAACUUGUUUUGGAAACAUCAGUGGAGCUUUGUCACAUGUGUUUCAGUUUUAAUGUUAUUGUAUAUGUAUAUCAUAUUGACUAUUUGUAACUUGCUCUGUAUGUUACAUUGAAUUUAAUUUACCAUGUAUUUCAUAUCAUAUUAAACAAGUUUUUGUAUAGGUAAUAACAUGUGUUUAAAUGCUGUUAGACUAUGUAAAAGUAUUGUUAGUUUGUAGAUCUCAUACUAUCUGAUAAUGAAAUUGAAUUUGGAAUAAAGUAACGUUUGAAAAUUUC